UGAAGUGAUAACGAGACCGAUCCUCACGGGCCGUUCCAGCCUGGCACCAGCAGUGUCCCCUGGACUCUCAGCUCUCAACCCCAAUGAAUACCCUGGCCAUAUCAGUACCAAUUCCUCGCUGGCUUAUCGCAGUGGAUACCCCGGUUGGCAGCACUCGGAUCGGACACACAGAUACCUGACGCCUCGCCAUGUCAGUCUCCCCAACCGCAAACCUGGUUCCAAUGGCUCCAGGAAGACCCUCGCUGAUUACCACAAACACAGCCGUGCACCUAUUAUGAAUAAGCUCCAUACACCUUCAGUCAAUAUAUACCUUACACCCACUCCUAAUUGGUACCAUACAACUACUCACUAUAGGUACCGUGCACCACUGGGGAAUAAGUACCAUACAUUUAGCCACAGAAAGCUUCAAAAACCCAACCACAAUUGGUAUCAUGCUCCUAUCUACAAUAGGUACCAUUUACCUACCUACAGCAAGUACCAUAACCCUAUCCACAAUAGUUACCGUAAGCCAAUCAAUGAUAGGUACCAUAGACCCAUUAAGAAUAGGUACCAUAUACCUACAUACAGCAGGUACCAUAAACCUAUCCACUAUGGGUAUCGUAAACCUGUCCACAAUUGGUAUCAUAUCCCUACCUACAGCAAGUAUCAUAAACCUACCGGCAAAAAGUGUCAGACGCCUACCCACUGUCAUCACGAUACUGAACCUAAUUACCCACCCAUAAGUCCUAAUCCUACCUCUCCUCUAUCCUCUGAGACUCCUGAACCUCUCACUACUCUGCUCACUGAAACUCCUGAACCUCUCUCUCCUACUGAAUCUCUCACUGCCCUACGCACUGAAACUCCUGAACCUCUCUCUCAUACUGAAUCUCUCAAUACGCUGCUCACUGAAACUCCUGAACCUCCCUCUCCUACUGAAUCUCUCACUGCCCUACGCACUGAAACUCCUGAAUCUCUCAAUACGCUGCUCACUGAAACUCCUGAACCUCCCUCUCCCACUGAACCUCUCACUACUCUGCUCACUGAAACUCCUGAACCUCCCUCUCCCACCGAACCUCUCACUGCCCUACGCACUGAAACUCCUGAACCUCUCUCUCCUACUGAAUCUCUCACUGCCCUACGCACUGAAACUCCUGAACCUCCCUCUCCUACUGAACCUCUCAAUACGCUGCUCACUGAAACUCCUGAACCUCCCUCUCAUACUGAAUCUCUCAAUACACUGCUCACUGAAACUUCCUCUCCUCUACUCACUGAAACUCCUGAACCUCUCACUACUCCACUCACUGAAACUACCACGACUCUGCUAACUGAUGUAAACUCUGAAACCUCCAAUGCUCCAGAUAUUUUACAAGGUCUAAUCCCUGAUUCUCCUCAUUUCCGCUUCAUUCUCCCUUCCGAUUUCCCUAAUCCUGAUGCGUCUGAUCUAAUUCACGAUUUGUCUAAUACUUCUGCCGAUUCUCUUCCUCCUUCUCUUUCUUUAACCCACGGCUCUAAUCCUGAAACACGAUCAGUCCAUAAUAUUCCCAAUCAUCCCGUGACUCUAAGCCACAAAUUUCCUAAUCCUCCGAGUGGUCUUGGCCAUGAAUUGUCUAAUCCUCCUAAAACACUAACCGCUGGUUCCCAUAAUACUCCUACGCUAAUCCACGAUUAUCCUAAUCCUCCUGCGACUCUAAUCCAUGAUUUCCCUAAUCCUUCAACUACCCUAAUCCGGCAAUCAUCCGAUCUUCCUACAACUCUGAUCUCUGGUUCCCACAAUCCUUCAGUAAUCCACGAUUUGUCUAAUCCUAAUCCCACUGCUUUUGUCCAUAAUUUCCCUAAUCCUCCACCUACCUUAGUCCAUGAAUUAUCUAAUCCUCUUACGACUCUAAUCUCUAAUUCUCAUAAUCCUCCUACACUAAUGCAUGAUUUUCCUAAUCCACCCACUGCUCUAAUCCAAAAUUUUCCCAAUCCCCCAAGUACUCUAGUCCACCAGUCAACUAAUCUCCCUUUAGAUCUAAUCUCUGGGUCCCACAAUCCUCCUACACUAAUCCACGAUUUUCCUAAUCCUCCCACUUCUCUAAUCCAUAAUUUCCCUAAUCCUCCAUCUACCCUAGUCCACCAGUUAUCUAAUCCUUCCACAAGUCUAAUCUCUAAUGCCCCCAAUCCUCACUUUCCUCCAAGUCCCAAUUCUCCUCAACAUUCAUCUGUAAUUAUCGAUGAUCCUAAUCUUCGAUCUACCCUUUUUACCAAUUCUCAAAAUCCUAAUCUUUUUACCGAUUCACAAAAUCCUAAUCUUUUUACUGAUUCUCAAAAUCCUAAUCUUUUCACCGAUUCUCAAAAUCCUAAUCUUUUCACCGAUUCUCAAAAUCCUAAUCUUUUCACCGAUUCUCAAAAUCCUAAUCUUUUUACCGAUUCACAAAAUCCUAAUCUUUUCACCGAUUCUCAAAAUCCUAAUCUUUUUACCAAUUCUCAAAAUCCUAAUCUUUCUACAGAUUCUCAAAAUCCUAAUCUUUUUGCCGAUUCACAAAAUCCUAAUCUUUUCACCGAUUCUCAAAAUCCUAAUCUUUUCACCGAUUCUCAAAAUCCUAAUCUUUUCACCGAUUCUCAAAAUCCUAAUCUUUUUACCGAUUCUCAAAAUCCUAAUCUUUUCACCGAUUCUCAAAAUCCUAAUCUUUUCACCGAUUCUCAAAAUCCUAAUCUUUUUACCGAUUCACAAAAUCCUAAUCUUUUCACCGAUUCUCAAAAUCCUAAUCUUUCUACAGAUUCUCAAAAUCCUAAUCUUUUCACCGAUUCACAAAAUCCUAAUCUUUUCACCGAUUCUCAAAAUCCUAAUCUUUUCAGAGAUACUUCUAAUCUACCUUUUCCGAACACUGGCGACUCUAACCCUCCUAAGUCCCCCAAUCCCCAAUCUCUAAACUUGUCAGGACCCUCUGAGGUCUUCAAUACCUGCAAUGCAACCAGCUCUGAAACAUUUAUUGUAUUAUUAUAA